UAACAACAACCACAGAAGCUCCGACAACCACACCAGCUCCAACACCAACCACAGCAGCUCCGACAACAACCACAGACACUACAUCAACAACAACAGACGCUACUUCAACAAUGACAGCAGCCCCAACAACAACCACACCAGCUCCAACUACAACCACAGAAGCUCCAACAACCACAGAAGCUCCAACAACAACCACGGCAGCUCCAACAACAACCACAGAAACUUCAACAACAACCACAGAAACAACAACAGAAACUUCAACAACAACCACAGAAUCUCCAACAACCACACCAACUCCAACUACAACCACAGAACUUCCAACUACAACCACAGAAGCUCCAACAACCACAGCAGACCCAACAACAACCACACCAGCUCCAACUACAACCACAGAAGCUCCAACAACCACAGAAGCUCCAACAACAACCACAGAAACUCCAACAACAACCACAGAAUCUACAACAACCACACCAACUCCAACUACAACCACAGCAGCUCCAACAACAACCACAGAACCUCUAACAACAACCACAGAAGCUCCGACAACCACACAAGCUCCAACUACCACCACACUAGCUCCAACAACAACCACAGAAGCUCCAACAACCACAGCAGAUCCAACAACAACCACACCAGCUCCAACUACAACCACAGGAGCUCCAACAACCACAGAAGCUCCAACAACAACCACGGCAGCUCCAACAACAACCACAGAAACUUCAACAACAACCACAGAAUCUCCAACAAACACACCAACUACAACUACAACCACAGCAGCUCCUACUUCAACCACAGAACCUGUAGCUACAACCACAGAAGUUCCAACAACCACAGAAGCUCCAACAACAACCACAGCAGCUCAAACAACAACCACAGAAACUUCAACAACAACCACAGAAUUUCCAACAACCACACCAACUCCAACUACAACCACAGCAGCUCCAACAACAACCACAGAACCUCUAACAACAACCACAGAAGCUCCGACAACCACACCAGCUCCAACACCAACCACAGCAGCUCCGACAACAACCACAGACACUACAUCAACAACAACAACAACAACCACAGAAACUUCAACAACAACCACAGAAUCUCCAACAACCACACCAACUCCAACUACAACCACAGCAGCUCCAACAACAACCAAAGAACCUCUAACAACAACCACAGAAGCUCCGACAACCACACCAGCUCCAACACCAACCACAGCAGCUCCGACAACAACCACAGACACUACAUCAACAACAACAGACGCUACUUCAACAACGACAGCAGCUCCAACAACAACCACACCAGCUCCAACUACAACCACAGAAGCUCCAACAACCACAGAAGCUCCAACAACAACCACGGCAGCUCCAACAACAACAACAGAAACUUCAACAACAACCACAGAAUCUCCAACAACCACACCAACUCCAACUACAACCACAGAACUUCCAACUACAACCACAGAAGCUCCAACAACCACAGCAGACCCAUCAACAACCACACCAGCUCCAACAACAACCACAGAAACUCCAACAACAACCACAGAAUCUACAACAACCACACCAACUCCAACUACAACCACAGCAGCUCCAACAACAACCACAGAACCUCUAACAACAACCACAGAAGCUCCGACAACCACAGAAGCUCCAACUACCACCACACUAGCUCCAACAACAACCACAGAAGCUCCAACAACCACAGCAGAUCCAACAAAAACCACACCAGCUCCAACUACAACCACAGAAGCUCCAACAACCACAGAAGCUCCAACAACAACAACCACGGCAGCUCCAACAACAACCACAGAAACUUCAACAACAACCACAGAAUCUCCAACAACCACACCAACUCCAACUACAACCACAGCAGCUCCAACAACAACCACAGAACCUCUAACAACAACCACAGAAGCUCCGACAACCACACCAGCUCCAACAACAACCACAGCAGCUCCGACAACAACCACAGACACUACAUCAACAACCACAGACGCUACAUCAACAACGACAGCAGCCCCAACAGCAACCACAGGAGCUCCAACGUCAACCACAGAACUUCCAACUACAACCACAGAAGCUCCAACAACCACAGCAGACCCAACAAUAACCACAUCAGCUCCAACUACAACCACAAACAACCACAGCAGCUCCGAUAACAACCACAGACGCUACAUCAACAACCACAGCUGCCCCAACAAAAACGACAGGAGCUCCAACUUCAACCACAGAACGUCCAGCUACAACCACAGAAUCUCCAACAACGACAGACUCUCCAACAACCACAGAAGCUCCUUCAACAACCAUAGCAGAUCCAUCAACAACCACUCCAGCUCCAACUACAGCCACAGCAACUCCAACAACAACUACAGAACCUCCAACAACAACGACAGAAUCUCCAACAACCACAGCCGAUCCACCGACAACCACACAAGCUCCAACUACCACCACACCAGCUCCAACAACAACCACAGCAGCUCCGAUAACAACCACAGACGCUACAUCAACAACCACAGCUGCCCCAACAAAAACGACAGGAGCUCCAACUUCAACCACAGAACGUCCAGCUACAACCACAGAAUCUCCAACAACGACAGACUCUCCAACAACCACAGAAGCUCCUUCAACAACCAUAGCAGAUCCAUCAACAACCACUCCAGCUCCAACUACAGCCACAGCAACUCCAACAACAACUACAGAACCUCCAACAACAACGACAGAAUCUCCAACAACCACAGCCGAUCCACCGACAACCACACAAGCUCCAACUACCACCACACCAGCUCCAACAAGAUCCAACAACCACAGAUGCCCAUACAACAACCACUCAGCUCCGACAACAACCACAGACUCUACAUCCACUACUACAGCAGCCCCAACUACAGCCACAGGAGCUCCAACUUCAACCACAGAACUUCCAACUCAAGAAUAACCACAGAACCCCCAACAACAACCACAGAAUAUCCAACAACCACAAAUGCCCAUACAACAACUACUGUAUCUCCACCUACAACAACAGCAGCUCCAAUUAUAACCACACCAGCUCCAACUACAAUGACAGCAACUCCAACUACAACCACAGCAGCUCCGACAGCAACCACAGGAGCUCCAACUACAACCACAGCAACUCCAACAACAACAGAAUCUCCAACAACAACCACAGAAGCUCCAUCAACAAGCACAGCAGCCUCAACAACAACAGCAGAAGCUCCAACUUCAACCACAGAUCUUCCAACUAAAACCACAGAAGCUCCAACAACCACAGCAGAUCCACCAACAACCACACAAGCCCCAACAACAACCACAGGAGCUCCAAUAACAACAACAGAAUCUCCAACAACAUCCACAGAAUCUCCAACAACCACAAAUGCCCAUACAACAACCACUGUAUCUCCACCUACAACAGCAGCUCCAACAACAACCACAGCAGCUCCGACAACAACCACAGAAGCUCCAACUACAACCACAGAGGUUCCAACUACAACCACAGAAGCUCCAACUACAGCAACUGUGGGUCCAAUAACAACCACAACGGCUCCUACUACAACCUCUGGAGCUCCAACCACAACCUCUGGAGCUCCAACCACAACCGCAGUAGCACCAACCACAACCACUAGAGGAGCUCCAACCACAAUCACCACAGAAGCUCCAACCACAUCCACCACAGUAGCUGUUAUCACAACCACACCAGCAGGAACCACAACCACAUCAGAGGAUCCAACCACAAUCACUCCUGAUCCAACCAGAUCCACGCCAGCUCCAACUACAACCGUGCUAGUUCAAACAACAACCACAGGACCUCCAACAAAAACCACAAGAUUUCCAAAUACAACUGCAGCCCCAACCUUAACAACUACUGGAACUCCAACCACAACAGGAGCUCCAACCACAACCACCACAGGGGUUCUGACCACAACAAUGCCAGUUCUAACCACAAACACUCCAGCUCCAACCAGAACCAUACCACCUUCAACAGGAGCUCCAACCAUAACCACUACAAGAGGUCAAACCACAACCAUGCCAGCUCCAGGCACUACUGCUACAGGAUCACAAACCAUAACCACAUCAGAAGCUACAACUGCAACCACCACACCUCCUAUAAUAACUACAGCAGGUCCAUCAAAAACUACUGCUGUUCCAAUGUCAACUACAGCUGUUGGCCAAGUGACAACUACACAACCUACAAGUGCAUGUGCUUCAAGCCCAUGUCUCAGUGGAAGCACCUGUGAAGAACGUGCUAACCAGACUCACGUGUGCUUGUGUCUUCCGGGAGAAGUUUAUCAACAAGGCUGUCGAAAAGCCAAGGUUUUCCCUGUUCUGGUGGUGUUAGUGGACAAAUAUCUUCCUGAAAUGGCCGACAAAACAUCACAAAUAUUUAAAGAGAUUUCAGAUAGAAUUGUUAAUGCGAUUUACAACGAGUUCAAAAAUAAACAUGGAUUCAUUUUAUCAUUAGUCCUGGAGCUCCGGGAAAUACCAUUAAGGUCAAACACAGGCAACGUUGAAGCUUCAGUCCAAACCAUCUAUGAUGCAAAGUCUAACGUCACAGAAGAAAUUGUAAUAGAAACAAUGAAAAAUCUCACCUGCGACAGCUGUCCACUGCCAGGAAACUUUACAUUGAAAAACCUUUGUGGUUCCAAUCUAUGUGACGAAACAACUACAAAGUGCAAACCUACAGUGGGCAGUUACGAAUGCACAUGUUUAGAUGGUUAUAUUACAACAAACUACAGUGAAAUACUAUGCAUGGCAUGCCCCUCUGGUCAGAAAGCUGUGAACAACAAAUGUAUAAAAUGUAGCUUUGGUCGUUCUGGCAUGAACUGCAAGGAUGAGUGGUUGUUGAUUCUUGUGAUCGUUUUGCCUGUUCUCGGAUGCCUGCUUGUCGCCUCGUUGAUCGCUCUGCCACUGGUAGCACGAACAUUCAAGAGAAAAAUGUCCAAGAACAAAGAAAAAGACAUUUGGAAACCAUACGUUAUCCCUUCAUUUGGCCAGGGUCCACCAUCCUUCAGUAGCAGUGGAACCUUUUUCACCUGUAUCAAAGAACCAGAAAACAUCCUGGUAAAUUCUGGUGUCCCACAAAUCCCACGCGCCAAACUCAGCAGCAGCUGGACCGGCAAGAUCAACACGGAGAUUUCUCCAAGCAACAGCCGACAAAGCUCGUCUCCUUCAAGGAGAAACUCUAUUGGACCGGACAACAUCCCCAACAAGAACGUCCAAUCUACAAGAAACCCUUACACCCAGAAUCAAGCCACAGAGCAGACCAGACUCUAAUUGAGGAGAAGGAAGUUGGAUCUCUGUAGGAGUUCCUGUAGUGGUAUUUAUCCCAAGAUACUGCAUUACAUUGGAACUUCCUCAACGUAAACGAUAUAAACAGGAGCGCAUCAACAGAGACGUGCAGUUAAUGUUAUAAAUAUUGUAUCCUGUGCUCCUUUACUACCUUUAGCUUGUAUUGUGUGACUUCUAGUCAGGCCUGUUAAAAACUGCCAGUGUGGCUUUCAUCAUCAAAAUCAUAAGGUUUAGUUUAUAAUUUCUGCACUUUAAUCACCACGCCUCUCAGUUCUGUGUGUUAAAUGCACUAUUUAUCUUCUAUGUUUUCUGUAAGCAUUACAGGUUUAAUUUGUGCCUCGGUUUUAUAUUUAUCUACAUUUUUGUAAAUAAGAUCAACUGGAAAUUUCUUUAAAACUGUUAAUGCGUUUCAUACAAAAGUAAAAUCACCAUAACUCCAAUAAUUUGGUAUAUUUAUCAAUGUUUGCAUAACUUUUUUUAUUUUUCUUGGUCUAGUUACAGACCAAUUAUGCAUAACAUUUGAUCGCUAUGACUCUGGUGUAUUAUAGCUAACUGCUAACAGCACACUCACUGAAAAUGCUGAAUGACUGCAUGUGUGUAUGGAUAAACGAGAUGAGAACAAAUAUUCUGUUAUAAAGCACUUUAUGUAGUGUAGUUGGCUAAAAAGGUGCAAUAUAAGUACAAUAUAUUUAACUUUUUUUUGUCUAAAUGUGUUAAAACUUGUUAUAUUGUAAUAACUUAAUUUGACCACUAGAGGGCUCCAAAAUUGAAGUUUUAUAUAAAUUAUAUAUUUGUUAUCUCACAAAAUAAAAAGGAAUGCAAUUAAAGAUUUUGUUAAUGUGAUUUUUAUUCUCUUACUAUUAAAAAACUGACCAAAUUUUAGAGCACAUUAGUUGGUUUAGGGAUCAUCAAUAAAAUCCAGUCGGUCAAAAUAUAAAGACCACCACAAAUCAAUACCUUCCUGAGAUUUUCAUUGAUCCCUUCUUUCAUAUUAAUAUGUGUAUGUUUAAAUAUGUAUUAUUCUUUAAUGUCUUCCAGAUUACGAGAUCAAAAGACUUCAGAUCAAUUUUUAAUUGUGUUGCUAUGCUGGACAAUUGAAAUUCACUAAUUUCUAUUCAUUUUAUUUCAGUUCCUUUGUUAUGCUAUGUUUUUAUGGAUACAUAACUGAUCAUAUUUUCCAGUAGGUUUUUAUGUGGCUACAGUUACAGGAUUGACUAACUUUAGCCACAGUUAGUCAAGGCAGGUUGUAUGCCUGACAUCAGGUUGUAUGCCCGGUUCCAGCCUCUUUGAGCAUUAUUUCAUUUUAUUAUGUCAUUACCUCUUAAACAUACCUGGAGUGUUGCUUUUAUUCUUUCUUGGAUGUUUGGAGAAUCCUUGAAUCUCCCAGGGUGCCUAAUCUAAAUCAAAUUGCAAAGUCAAUUUUCUUUUAAGUUUUUUUUUAUAGCAGUUUUACAACAAUUGACGGUAACAUGGUUGGUUAUCCCAUAAGAUGACACUGUGUGCCUAGAAAAUACAUAACAUUUAUUUAU